UGACUGUUGAAUAUAAACAACAAUGUAAACAUUACAAUUUUGUUCAAUGAAAAUUAUUUAUUAUUCUGAAAGAAACUCAACGUUUAUUUUGGCCACACUAGUAGAAUGGAGGACAACAAAGAUUAUGUUCUGAUGGAUAUGUCAUCUGAAAAUGAACUUACUAGCCAAACGGAACUGAUAAGUGUGUUGGUGAUUUGCAGACUUUGUGCUAACCAGAAUGACAAACUCAUAGGCAUAUACAGUGAAGAUGGCAUCAAUAAUGAUUUGGCAAACAAAAUGAAUCUCUAUCUACCAAUUAAAGUCUAUGAGACUGAUGACCUGCCCCUUCAGUGCUGUUGGCAAUGUGCAUCUACUGUUCUGGCUUGGCAUGAGUUAGUGGUGGCUAGUGUAGAAGCUGACCGAAGACUGAGAAGCAGUCAAUUUGUAACCACAAAAGAAUUACAAGACAGUAUCAAUCAAGAAGUGGAUGACAAUGUACAGCAACAUGAAAAUGAAAAAUGUCAAGAACUCGAAGACCAGCAAGAAACUACGAAACCAGAAGACCAAGAACUGAACAAUUCCUUAGUUACGAGAGAAAGUCUAUCGAAGUUUUGCAACCUAUGCGACAAACAGUUCCACUCAAAAACCGAAUUGAAAAAUCACAUGCUGACCUGCCACAACCUGAAACAAUCCAAAUUCAGAAGGAAAAAAUCGGACAUCAACGCCCCAUUCACUUGUCCAGCGUGCCCAAAGACAUUCACAAGAAAAUUCGACAUGCACAAACACAUCAAAUCGAAACACCCCACUGAGGCUUCCACCGUCCAACCAUCAAUAAGAAGCCAAAACCUCCAAGUGGUAGAAAAAUGUAAAGUCACCAGGAAAGACGGUGGCGCGUAUUUCGCUUGUGAUAUUUGCCAGCAAGAGUUCAACGACAGCAGCCAGUUCACUAGGCACCGCAAGGCACAUUUUGAGAGGAACACCCACAUCUGCAAAGUAUGCGGGAAAACCUUCAAAUGUUCCGCACAUCUCAAGCGGCACGUAGAGCACCUCCACAGGGGCGUCAAAAACUUCACUUGCGCCAUCUGCGACCUGAAAUUCGCCACCAAAUUCAGCCUGGAGGAGCACCUGAACAUCCACACGGACAACAGGCCCUUCGUCUGCGAGAUAUGCGGCAAGGCUUUCAAGCAGAAAUCCUCCCUCUACGUGCACAACCUCUAUCACAACGACAACUUCCCGUUUUCCUGUGAUUUGUGUCGGAAGAGGUUCAGGCGCAAGGGGGACCUGGUUGUUCACCAGAGGAUACACACGGGGGACAAGCCGUACGGUUGCGCAGUGUGCGAUAAGAGGUUCAGGUUGGGGCACGACAUGAAGAGGCAUCUGAAGAUUCACGUGAAAAAUAGGCAAACGUGAUUCAUUUCAGAACUGAUGUAAGCUUUGAAAAUGAGAGGGAUGUAGAAAAGAUUAGUAAGUUGACCAAC